AGACAAGGCCUGGAAAAGAUGCAGGAGCUUCACCAGAUGGACUCACUGGGGCUACUUUACUGCCUCCAUAGGGAGCCUGGAGUCCCAGGGAUGGCCUUGGAGAGAGAGAGAGUCCCAGACCAGGAGGUGCUUUCUUUAGCCUGUCCCAUUGCUUUACCUCCUUACCUUACCAGUCCCCCAGCUUCAGGAUGACGGCUGACUCGUGAUCUGCUCUGAGCUCUGGCCGUGCCGCUCCCCAGCUAUCCUGGCUUCUUGUCAUUAUCUUCCUUGUUAUGGCUGAUCUUUUGUUUUUCCAAAUGGAUUUUAUCCAGCCUGUCAGAGAUCCUCUUCCUUGUGGCAUGAGGAGCAAAAUUACAUUUUUUUUCUCCUGGAUUAUAUUUUUGGAUUUGAUGCUCCAUUCUGUUCAAUCUGAAGCUGCUUCUGUGAGGUUUCACUGGAGAAAUAUGUAUGUACUAAAGUGAGGAGCUUCCCCUCUCUGAGAAAAGAUGCUGAGCUGACCUGGCUGCGGUUUCCAGAAAAUCUCUGUUCUCAGUAUUCCCAUAAAGCAUGGUAUCAGCAUUGCCUGUAGAAUGUGUGAAGAAGCUGGGGCAAGCCGACCUUGUGCCAUCUACUGAGCUGAUGCCCUCUUGGGAAGGCAGGGAGGGCUUCAGGGCAGGAAGGGGUGGAUUGUGGAAACAUUCUCCGUCUUGUGACUCCGUGCUGGAGCUGGCUUGUGUCCCUUCUCUUCAGUUGUGGCCUCGUCCAAAUUCUGUCUGCGGAGGAAAGUUUAUUCAAUGGGGAGAAUUGGGAGAAAGCCUCGUUACCCUAUUUGAACCUCUUCCUGCCUGGCUGGAAACUGGACUGCCUGUACGUGCUGUUUAGAGACCCUCAGCUAUGGCCGAGCGUCAGCUGACCAGAAACACAGUCAGAUUCUGAGACUGAUGGGAGGAGUUUUCUCCUGAUUGUACGUCUCGGGGUCUCGUCUGCACACUGGCUGCACAUCAAUCAAUCAGUUCUUGCUUCUUUGUACAGACAUUGGGAAGGAGAAGGACCCCUUGUCAGGGAGCUUCCUCUGUCCCUCUUCCCCAGGCCGACUUGGCAAGUCCCUAAUCUUUUCUCCAGUUAGAAAGCAGAUGAACCAACACUGGAUUGUUUCCUUUGCAUUCAUUGGUCUCAUUUAAUUAAGGUAGAUAAGUCUCUUUUCCCCUGAUUUCAAUGUCCAGCCCUAAGCCCAGGAAAGGGCCUCGUCCUUAUUGGUUAGGCAGUUGGCAUACGUUGCUUUAAUAAAUUGAUGUGCUCAGAAGAGCAGAGCUCUGAUUCCUCAGGCAUUUCAUGUUUCACUUGUCACUGUUAACCUCUUUUACUUUCUUCUACAUUUGGCUGGAUCAAAGCUAUCCCUAUCCUCCUAGUGCCAUACAGGACACCCCCACACCCACUAUAAGUUGCAGCCUCCCCCCCUCAGGACAAGUAGACUGCAGGCACCAAGCCUCUCUGGCCUCAGUGUGAGUCCUCAUCUCCCUUUUCCCAUAAGAGCAUGGAGUGGAACCCCCUUUCAUGUCAAGUAGGGCCUCCAUCUUCUCAGGCUUCUCCAGACCUCCUUCCCUGUAACUUCACUUUCUGAGAUGGUAGAGACCACCCUCUCAGUUCCCCUCUCAGGCCUGUUUGCAGCCUUUGAUGUUAGAAUUUAAUGGUUGGACAAAAUGUAUAAAAAUGCAGUCGCCAAAAAUAUAUUACGCUAAUCAGGAUGACUUUUUAUGGUAGUUUAUUUACAAAAAGAGGAAGAGUGAAAGUAAGGAAACAAGAAAGUGUAGAUAAUUACUCCAGCCUGGACAGGGCAUCAGAGGCCCCAGCAAAGAGGGGCCCAGAGGUAAAUUAAACAAGAAUUCUAGCCACUAGGCCUCCUCCAAGACAAGGGGCCUCUCUGGAGGCUAGUACCUCCAGAAGAGGCAGGAAAAGGAGUCAGCCUAUUUCAUUCACCCUCAUGGCAGUCCUAAGGGAAGAGCAGUCUGAGGUCCCAAGCUGGCUCCUCCAAAGCCAAGUUCAAAGGAGAAAAAACUGGUCACAGGAAGUUACCAUCAUUUUAAAGACAGUGACACGUGAGUCAUAGUCCACCCCCCUUCUCCCACAUUUAAGUUUUGGGGUGUAUACAUUCCUGGUGGCUAAAAUCUAAAAAUCGCCAGGGGUGAGUUAAUCCCAUCUUUACAGAUGCUUUUAGCCCACUCUCUCCUCCUCGAUAUUCUCUUUUCUCUAGGGUUGUAGGACAUGAUUCUCUCUCCCAGCUUAGCUCCUGUCUCUCUGACUUGUGAUUCUCUGUUUUCUGGGAUUGCCCCUGAAAUAAGUAACCUAAAUUAAUAUAGAUAAAUAUAAAUAUAACUAAAAUAAUAGUUCAUUUUAAGGUGAGGGAAUUGAUAGAAUCUGUCUAAACCCCCAAAAUUUGUUAAACCACACCAUCUAAUACUUCUCUACCUAUAAAUCUAUUUUCUAUAACUAAUUAAAUUAACCCCCCUUAGUAAAUAUAUAAAAGUGGGAAGGAAAUGAAGAUAGCAGGAACAGGGUUCAAAAGGUAGGGUCUCACUGACAGUUGUCCUCUGGAGUUUUGAGCAGCUCUAUUGGAAAUCACUCUCGGCAUCAGCAGGAUUCAAAGGGGCAAACUGAAUCACAAGGAAAGCCACAGGAUAGAGAAUAUCGGAUUCUCUAGGUCUAUCGAAGAAGAACCAGAUAGAAACUCCUCCUGACUGCUUCCCUCAGAAGAAGCAAAAUCUCCAUCUCCAGAGUUCUGGAAUUUUGCUCUUCUGCCUUGCAGGACUUCCUGCUCCUGCUAAUUUCCCCUUAAUACUCUUUUUCUAGAUCUUGUAACAGUGGGGUUAGGGGAAUGCAGUUCCUCCAACCCUGUCUUUGGUCCUCUACUCUUCUCCCUCUGGACUUCUUUACUUGGUGAUCUCAUCAGCUACCAGGGAUGCAAGCACCAUCUCUCUGCUGAUGAGUCUCAGAUCUGCAUUUUCUGCCCCAAUUUCUGUGCUGACCUCCAGUCUUUCAUCUCCAAUUUCCUUACAGGGAUUUCACACUAGGUGGCCAGUAGACAUCUUGAGGUCAGUGUGUCCCAAGCACAUAGUUCUCUCUCAGCUAGACAGAACCUCCACCUUCUCCAUAGCUGUAUCCUCCUUGUCCCUCAGGCUCAAAACCAAGGAGCCCCCCUUGACUCCUGACUGUCCCUUACCCACAUUUCCAAUAUGGCGCCAGGACCUGUCAGUUUCAUCUUUGCAGCAUCUCUCCACUACAACCCCUUGUGUCCUGUGUCCUUGCCAUCCUCCUCAGGGGAGUCUACAUCACCUCCCUCCUAGACAUUGAGACAACCUGCUGCUGCGUCUGUCUUCCACAAGGCUCUUCCCACUCCAAAACCUCCUCCAUUCUCCCACCAGAGUGAUUUUCCUACAGUUCAGUUCUGAUCAUGUCACUCCCCUACUCCGUAAACCCCAAUGGCUCCCUGUUCCCUCCAGGAUCAAAUACAAACCAUUCUGUUUGGUGUUCAAAGCCUUCAUUACUCCCCAUCUGUAUUCUUGGAUCUAGGGAACCUGGCUUCUUUGAUUCCUUCAGCUGCAGGUUUUUUUAAAAAUCCUUUACUUUCUGUCUUGGAAUUGAUGGUAAGCAUCUGUGGUGGAGGCAGAAGAUGGCUAAGAGCUAGGCAAUUGGGGGUCAGUGGUAGCCCAGGGUCACAUAGGUAGGAAGUAUCAGAGGUCAUAUCUGAACCCAGAACCUGCAGUCUCUAGUUCUAGUUCUUUAUAUUCAUAGUCACCUAACUGCCCCAAAGUGGAAAAGGUUGUUUGGGGGCUUUAUUUUUUAAGCUUUACCUUCCAUCUCAGGAUCAGUUCUAAGAUAGAUAAGUGAUGAGGACUAGGUAGUCAGAGUUAAGUGACUUAUCCAGGAUCACACAGCUAGGAAGUGACUGAGGUCACAUUUGAAUCCAUAUCUUUCUGACUCCAGAUGUGGCACUCUAGAUCAACCAUGUGAUCUAGCUGUGUCUAGUUCCAGAUAAUGUUCAAUGGCUUUACCUCAUAUCUGGGACAUUUUCCCUCCACACUUCAGAUCACUGAUCAAUUUAAAUUUCCUGUAAGUCCCAACUAAAAGCUAAAAACAUUCUACAGGAAACCUUCCCUCCUCCCUCUUGGAGUGCCUUCAUCCUUUCCAUUCUUCCCCAUUUCUCCUAGGCAGAGCUUGAUUUAUGUCCAUGUGUCUGUGUAUUGUCUCCCUCCCCCACUGGACUGUGAGCUCCUGGAGGGCAAGGACUGUCUUUUACGUAAAACUCUUGGGAAAUCCCCAGAAGGGCAGAACAGGUGCUGAAUGUGGAGGGAAUGGAAAUGACAGUUUCUGGUUCUUGAGAUACCCUGUUGUGUCCCGUCUUCUCUGUAUCUACCUCCUCUUCUCCCCUGUGUCCUGCAGUCCAUCACAAGAAGCAUCCUCCUGGAGCAGAUGGGACACAGGGUGAUUCUUCCCUUGAUCCCCUCUGUCUUCAGCUUCAGCCCUCCUGGGUUUCCUCCUUCUUCCCUUUCCUCUUGUCUGUAGUUUUUAAAAGAAGCCUCUUUUUGCUCUUUCUGAUGUUCUUUUGCUACUACUAUUGUCUUCAUUUAGUCACUCCUCCUGCCUUUCUGCUGCUCUGGGUAGUGGCGGUCUCUUGGUGACCAAGAAUGACGAUUGUCUUUGUGCAGUUUCAUCUACGGUGUACCCUCAUGUGGCUUUGGAGUCCAAAGGCUGAGGCGCAGAGUUUGUGCUCUGGGUAUUCAAGAAGCAAAUGAUCUCUUCACUUUGGGGUCUCUUCCUAAAACUACUGCAGACUCCUCUUCACUAAUGAACAUCAAUUGUUCUGUCCAACAUUGGGAAGCUCCCAUUUGCAGGUGUUGGGAGUGACAUUUAACCCAAGGGUAACGUGAAGCAGCUCUCCAAGGAAGACAAGCAGGACAAUACUGCCUGUCAAUAAAAGAGUCAAGGGGUUGCCUCUGUUAAUACUCCAAACCCUAAGCAGAAGCUUAGAUCUCUCUGAUAGGUUUGGAGGAACAUAGAAGAACGAGCAGACGGGGUAAGUGAUGUCCGUCAUAGGAUGGAGGGUCACCAGUGGUUAUAGAGCUGGGAUAAUCAGGGACACUGUGACUGAGUGGAAUAAUCAGUAAUAAGGGCCAGCAGUGCCCCAGCCCUCCUCUCCUCAGACUAAGAAGAGAUGCUUGUGUGAGUCCAGUGCAAGGUCAGGAUCCCAACUUUGGGCAGCAACCCAGACAUCUCUGAGAUGGAUUGGGGCGGAGAAAGACCAGACCUGACUCCCUGGGGCUCACCUGAAUCUUCCAAGGCCAACAGAUGCCUUGAAAUGAGGCUAGAACGGUGAUGAAAAGCCCAAGAGCUGGAUUCUGCACUUCCCCUGUUACAGGCUGGCUGAGUGUGGAGCUGAGUCAGGAGGCAGAGAAGCAGGACUCAGGCAGUUCGCAGACAAAAGCAGUUACUGGUCAAGAGGAUGAAUAAGUAAAUGAUCUGAGAUCAGCUCAGCCUUCUCCGAGGAUGGGUCACCCGGGCUGCACCCUGAGUCCUCGAGCUCUGCGGAGCACCUUCUCUCCUUUCUCGUGCCUUCCACAGUGUUAUAAGUAAAAACUGACCUGGGGGCUCAUUACCUGAUGAGCAUUUAUUAGUAGAGAGAGAGGUCUCGGCCUUUUUAGAUCUCCAUUCAGCUUGCUCAGGCUGUGCUUGCCAGAGAUCAAGAGAUCAGGAAAGCUCAGAGACAAGCCCCCAGCCCAGAGAGCCAGUCAGUUCCAGUUGAAGGUAUGAAAGCUCUCCCUCCUUCCCUCACCUAACUUUUACCUUCCCCCCAGCUACCCUCUCUGUGGCUCGGGCUCUGGCAUGUUGAUGAGUCUCACACUGAUUCUGUCUGCCCUGGGACACAGCAACAGGACCACAGACACCUGACUGACACCUACAUUCCAGAGCUGGAGUCCCUGGGAUCCAGGCUACACUGGAGGUCCCUUUGAGAUUUCCCUUUACACACUAGAAAAUCUUCCCUUCAAAGGACCCUAGAGCUGCUCUUCUCAAGCCUUCAUUGGGCUCUUGAAGUCUCAGCUUCUAGUGCUGGCUCCGACACUGACAAAGGGCGGUAUGUUGGGCCCCUCCCUUCUCUGUGGGUCAGUUUCCUCCUGUAACUGACCCGAGGUGGGCUCUUCAUUGUGAUGUGACUUUCAGCCUCUGCUCUGACUUGGGCUGCUCUAGGAGGUGGUGACCUUCAAGGAUGUGGCUGUGGAGUUCACACGGGAGGAGUGGCGCCUCCUGUCCCCUCCCCAGAAGGAGCUAUACAAGGAGGUGAUGCUGGAGAACGCCAGGAACCUGCUCUCUGUGGGGCUUCAAGCUCCUCCUGAAGAUGUGAUUUCUUCUUUGGAGCAGAGGGCAACCUUGUGGAUGCUAGAGCAAGAAGACCCAGGAAGUUCCUUCCCAGAAAGAGAGAUCAAACUUGAAAUGAAGGCGAAUCCAACAGAUAUGAGCCCUUCUGUGUUAGAAAUGGGCCUUCAAAGAUUCAUUAGUGAUGGGCCUGAUAACUUUGCUUUUGGAGUAUUCUGUGUUGCCCCUCAAAAUUCAUCUUAUAUUGAACAUCAAAGAAUUUACACUGAGGAAAAAUCUAGUGAAAGUAAUCAGUAUGGAGAGACUUUUAUGCACAGAGCUAGUCCUCCUGGACACGAGAGAAUGCACACUGGGGAGAAACUUUUUGAAUGUAAACAAUGUGGAAAGACAUUCAGUCGUAGCUCCCAUCUUGCUGUACAUCAGAGAAUCCACACUGGGGAGAAACCUUAUGAAUGCAAACAAUGUGGAAAGUCAUUCACAGAUAAAUCCAGUCUUGCUAAACAUCAGAGAAUCCACACUGGGGAGAAGCCUUAUGAAUGUAAGCAGUGUGGAAAGACAUUCAGUCGUAGCUCCCAUCUUGCUGUACAUCAGAGAAUCCACACUGGGGAGAAACCUUAUGAAUGCAAGGAAUGUGGAAAGUCAUUCAGUCGGAGCUCCAGUGUUUUUCUACAUCAGAGAAUCCACACGGGGGAGAAACCUUAUGAAUGUAAGGAAUGUGGAAAGUCAUUCAGUCGGAGCUCCAGUCUUUUUCUACAUCAGAGAAUCCACACUGGUGAAAAAUAUUAUGAAUGCAACCAAUGUGGAAAGACAUUCAUAGAUAAAUCCAGUCUUGUUAAACAUCAGAGAAUCCACACUGGGGAAAAACCUUAUGAAUGCAAGCAAUGUGGAAAGGCAUUCAGAAACAGCACCAAUCUUGUAGUACAUCAGAGAAUUCACACUGGGGAGAAACCUUAUGAAUGCAAGGAAUGUGGAAAGACAUUCCUUCGGAGCUCCCAACUGGGUGUACAUCAGAGAAUCCACACUGGGGAGAAACCUUAUGAAUGCAAGCAGUGUGGAAAGAUCUUCACAGUUAAGUCCCAUCUAUCUGUACAUCAGAGAAUCCACACUGGGGAGAAACCUUAUGAAUGCAAGCAGUGUGGAAAGACAUUCACAAAUAAUUCCCAUCUUGUUGUACAUUGGAGAAUCCACACUGGGGAGAAACCUUAUGAAUGUAAGCAGUGUGGGAAGACAUUCCGUCGGAGUUCCCAUCUUGCUGUACAUCAGAGAAUCCACACUGGAGAGAAACCUUAUGAAUGCAAGCAAUGUGGAAAGACAUUCAUAAAUAACUCCCAUCUUGCUGUACAUCAGAGAAUCCACACUGGGGAGAAACCUUAUGAAUGCAAUCAAUGUGGAAAGGCAUUCAAAGAAAGAUUCAAACUUACAGUACAUCAGAGAAUCCACACUGGGGAGAAACCAUAUGAAUGCAAGAAAUGUGGAAAGAUAUUCAUAUGUAGCUCCAAUCUAGCUGUACAUCAGAGAAUCCACACUGGGGAAAAACCUUAUGAAUGCAAGCACUGUGGAAAGACUUUCAGUCAUACCUCCAGCCUUGCUUUUCAUCAGAGAAUCCAUACCGGGGAGGAACCUUAAGAAUACAAGCUAUGUCAAAAGAUGUUCACAUACAGAUCCAGUUUUGCUAUUGUGUGAAGGAAAUUUAUCCUUCCCCCUCUCUGGGCCAGAAUAUCUAGCAUGAGCAAGAAAUUGGCACCGAGACAAGGAUUGCAAAAUGGAAAUCAUUGAUGGAAUGGCAGAAGGAAAAAGGUAGUAAUAGUCAAGAGAUCAUGAGACAAGGACUUGAUGUCUCUUGCACUGGCCCCUCGACUAGCCCCCCUAGGGGCCUAGGCAAAGUAAAAACCUGCUGUUGGUUCCUUAGGUGAGAUUUGUGAAUUAGUGGGUGGAGAAAAGGUUUUGUAAAAAAAAAGGAAUUUAAACUUUUCAAUUUAAAUAAUAAUAUUUUUUACAUUUCCCCAUCUUGAGGGUGAUUGAAAAAAUACAGGAUCACUUAGGGAUACAUGGCUGAGUUAUGAGGUAUAUGAAUCAAUUGGGAAGAGAAAUUAAAAAGACAUCAGAAAAAUCCAAAUAAAAAAGAUAAUUUCUGAAUGAAAAUAUAGACUAUCAAAGUCUUAUGUGUAAAAAUUCCAAGUAAAGGAAAAAUAAAUCUAUAACAGGUCCUUGAAUCAGGGUCCAAUUAAAAUGAUCUAGGCAAUGAUGCAUUUACCCAGUCAGUAGCCAGGACUACAGAAAGUUUCCACUCUAUGAGAGACAGAAAGGGGACCAGAUUAUAGGAGCCAGGUAGUUGCCAAGGUUUGGGAUACUCAUCUGUAAGUAUUUUCACGAAGAGUGUGGAUACACAAGGAUGUCAUAACAUGAUAAACAUAUCAAGCUCGAGUCUUCACACUAGGUUCAAGACCUUUGCAUUGGCUUGGAAGUGCAUCAGUCCGUCUUGGAUUAGCUUAUCUUUGGCCCUAUGCAAUGGCUCUUUUGUGUAUAUCUUGUCCUGGAAUCAGACAGAAUUAUUAAGCAAAGUCCCAUGAAUUUUAUUUUAAAUAAUUAGUGGCAUCAUUUUUAUAGUCUUAAGCUUUUGGGGCAUGCAUUAGUAUUAUAGCAAAUGUAUUUUAAACAUAUUACUGCUAAAUCAAAAAGUUAAAGAAAAUCUUAAUGCUGGUGACAUGUUCAAAUAUAGAAAAGGAGAGAAAAAAUAAAAAACUGAAAUAGUAUAUUGCACAUGCAAGCAAAAUAUAAUAGUCUUAAAAUUCAAAAAUAUAGCUUAUAAUCAUUGACACACUGUGUCAGCUAAGAAAAUAUAGCAUGCAAGGCUUUCUCACCAAAAAUGAGUUCCAUUUCCUCUUCAUAUCUGGCCAUGAUCCACUGUGAAUUUCACAAGGUAACAGUUUUUUUAUAAAGAACAGUAGUAUAAAUAUGUAAAUAUCAGUAUCCCCAAAAUCCUCAAUAGCCCAAUUAAGUACAAUAGCAAACAAACACUAUCAUAUUUCACAUGAGUUGCUGUAUGGCAUUUUUAAAGGCCUAUAAAAUUGAUGGAUAUUUGUCACAAGUUUUUACAAAUGUAGCAAAUCUUUCAACCUUGGUAUUUAGAUAAAGUUAAACUUAUUUUGGGUUAAGAACAUCAUCAAGAAAUCUAGAUAUUCUGGUGGAAGCAAAGUAGUGAACUGAAGAGUUAUAAAAGAGGGGUACUCUUUUUUUUUUAGGCUUUUUAGGGGUAUAAAUGCCCUGAGAUUAACUGCCCAACUUCCAUUCACAUUUUUAGAAAUGUGGGAAGGUUGGGGAUUAUAAUUGUAUUUCACUUCAGCUACUAGAAUGGGCCUUACACCUUGGGUUAGGGGCAGGCAAAAAUGACCAGAGAUUGUUAAGAAAAAACUCUAGGGGGCAGCUGGGUAGCUCAGUGGAUUGAGAGCCAGCCCUAGAGACGGGAGGUCCUAGAUUCAAACCUGGCCUCGGAUACUUUCCAGCUGUGUGACCCUGGGCAAGUCACUUGACCCCAAUUGCCUAGCCCUUACAACUCUUCUGCCUUGGAGCCAAUACACAGUAUUGACUCCAAGACGGAAGGUAAGGGUUUAUAAAAAAAACAACUCUAAAAAUCAUGUCUAGAAAACCCUUAAAAUCAGUUGAGAUAUUUAGCACAUUAAAUUUUUCAAAGAUUGUUAUACAAUUUUCUGAUGGAAUCCAUCCAUCCUCUAUGUGACAAUUUACAAAGGCAAAAAUAGAAAAGCUGUUUUUUAUAUGGGCUUAUUCAAUGUUUGUUCAUUCAGUAUAGUUAUAGGUGUAAAGCAACAGAAUUUAACAGUAGUUAAAACUCAGUACAUUAAAAUGAUCCAUUGUAACAGAAUAAUAUGGAUGCAGUAAUAUAUGAACUUAAAAUCACAAAGUUAAAUCUUAAACAAAACAAACAGUAAAAUGCAAUAGAAUACAGAGAUUUUUAUAAAACACUGGAGUCUGUUAAAAAUAUAACCUCCAGUCUCUUUUAAGUUCCUUGGAUUUUUAUCCAUUUAGAUGCCUAUUGUCAGAAGGCAGAUUGGUCAUGGUUAAGCAAUGGGGUUUAAGCCACCCAUCCAUGGCCACACAGCUGAGAAGUAUCUGAGGCCAGAUUUCAACCCAGGAUCUCCCGUGUCUAGGCCUGGCUCUCAGUCUACUGAGACAUCCAGCUGCCCUUCCAUAGUGAGUUUUUGGAAUCUCAACAAAUGGCAAAGAGUUGCAGGGAGAUGAAUUUCUCUCCUGAAUCUCAAGUGAGAUAAAUAAAAGGACCAGUGCACUCAAAAGAUAUUCUUUGAAAUAUGCCAUGCUUGCAAUCAACUUCCUGUUUGGAAAAGUCUCUUUCUUCUUUCCCUUUCUUUCUCCCCUCCUGUGAUCCCCCCUAGUCCAUGUGGAGGUUAAUCUUAGCCUAAGGGAAAAUUACCCCAUUUUUUUACCAGUUGGUUUUCGAUCCUGAAGAAAUUGGGUCUGCCACCAUCAGCCUGGGUGAUGAGCUGUCUAGGUCUAGGGCGCAGAAACAGGCAGGCAGGGAGGAAGGCAGGGGGACAAUUGCUGGGGCCAGGUGAGCAGCAAACACGUCUGGAGCAGAGGCGGGAAUGCAGGCAGGCAGGCAGGGCCAGGCUGAGCCGGGAGCCGGUGAGCUAUCUAAUGGCUGGAACGAGCUGGAUCAGCAACAGCUUUGCAAGGGUAAAAAAACCUUGGCCAGAUAAAUGUGGCUUAAAAAAAAUUCCUAAGCAGUAGCUAUGAAAAGCUGAACUUAGUAACAGUAGAUCAGAAAAGAAUCAGAAGAUUGAAGGUAUUUCAUUUUCCCAAAGUGGUUACACCAGACUGUUAAGAUUAAAAAUGCCAAACUGUGGCAGGUAAAAAUUAGUUUCUCUCUGCUAGAAGUAUUAUAUUUUUUAGAGAUUUAUUAAAGAUUAAGAAUUUAAAGAAAAUACAAAAUAAGAAAGCACAUGUCUAGGCCCAGAGAGCCCACUCACAACCACUCAUAUCUUGCCUGUUAGGUAGAGAGUUGUGUGUGCUUCGAAGCAGAAGCAGGAAGAGCUCCCAGUAGGUGGAGAGCUCCUUUAAAUAAUAAUUAUUGUUCUUGCACUCAGGGAGAUGAGAGAAUUCUAGGAGCUAGCAAGGACAUCUGGGGGUUGAAGUCUGGGGUUCAAAUCUCCAUUUUUACAUAUCAGAGCUCUUCUCUUUCAAUUUUGUUGUUGGCUGGACUUCCCUGUGAGCAUGACUAGGGUGCCCUAAUGAUGGCCAGAGAAUAGCAAGCUAAAUGGAGCAAUGAGGAAAGUAUGUCUCCCUUAUUUUUCCAUCUUUCCCCUCUACUGCCUUAGUUUAAAUAAACUUAAUUUAGGACCAGUCUUAAAAUUUUAUAUUGUAUAUCACAGAAACCACAGACAUUCACACUGAGCUAUCACCCUGCUCAAAAUCAGAGUAUUCCCUCUACUAUAUCAUAAAAUCUCCUAAGAUGAGGUCCAAAUGGGCAUUUGUAUAUGAAGUGUGAUCCCAUAAGAAAAUUAAAGGGGUGUAGAAUAUUUUACCUUCCAGAGCAAUUCAUUGAUAAGGAAAGAAUUCAUAACCAAAUAAGAUAUAGAUAACAUUAGGUAUAAAAUAGUUACAUUUACAUGCUGGACUAACUGAAUCCAGAAGCCAAUGUACCAAAACUGAUACAAUUAAAUGUAUUUCUACAAUUGCUAGACCUAUCACUUCUAUAUCAAAUCUUAAGCCUAUUUUGCAUUAAGGUCUGUGCUACAUAUGUGGUGAAAAUUUAUCACACCAGUACAGCUCUCCAAACUGAAUACAUUUAUUGGGAGGAGUCCAGAAUCCCAAUAAAGAUGGACCCUGGUCAAAUAAAGUGCAGAGACCCUGAGCCUUAGGAGAUAGCCUUUUUUAUUCCAAUAAAUCUUAUGAUGCAGUGACAGAAAACUGUCACAAUGAAAAUAUGAUACAAAAUCAUUCACAUGGGUAUCUUAAUAAUGCAAGUGCUGAUUAGUCUGGUAAGUGUAAAAAAGAUCACUAUGGGUGGUAACCUGGUAGUACUCAGCGUCUUGGUGUUGUUUUGGUUAGCUGAUAUGUGAAGACAAGAGUAGCCCUCCACCUCCUGUGUGACUUGUUCUACAGCAAGAUCAUCUUUCCUCUUUUUGUCUGACCAUUUUGUUAUACACCCAACUGGUGUGUGACAGGAUUUAUGGAAUCUCCUGGGUUAUAGGUUUAAGGUCAGGAUGUAAACAUGAUUUGAUACCACCCCAAACUGUAAUUUUCUGAGCUAAUGUUUAUAAUUUCUAUAAAGGAAAUUAUAUUAUUUGGCUAUGAACUCAAAACUAAUGAUUGUGUUGUAAAAAUAAUUAUAAAGGCUAUUACUAUUAUGAUCAUAAAAAGGGAUAGGGAGUUUGACUCACACAAAGGAAGUCAAAUAUACUUAUAGAAAAACAAA